AGGGGGAGAUCAGGUGCCGGAGAGAGCUGAGAACUUGGAGUCUCUGGCACCUCAGCCCUGGAUUUGGCAGCGGUUAGAGGAAGCAGACGUGAGGGAAGGAAACAUUUCUGAGCCGGCUGGUUGUUCACCAUGAGUGUGGCUGUUCUGCUCCUCCUGGGGCUGGGGCUGUUGGGGGCAGAAGGCAGAAGAAACAGGUGUUACUUCAACCGCACCCAGGAGCGCUGUGUGUGCUACAACCUGACCGAGGAGACCGCGGGCAGCCUCAUCCAGUGCCUCGCUGCAACUGUGGUGGAGUUUCGGGGGGGAGAGCUGGAGAAAUACAUAGCCUUCCCCAUAAGGGACCUGGAUGACUCUGUCAUUGAGACUCUGGGCUCCCUCAUCAUCCAGAAAGUAAUUAUUGCUGAUGUGCUGGUGCCUGAGAUCCUCCUGGCCCGUGUGCUGAGGUUUUUCUCCUACACCCACGUGAAGGAGCUGGCGUUUGACAGCUGUGUUUUCCAGGGCACGGGUGACUGGCAUGGAAUGGAUGGCCAGAGCUUGCCCAUAUUGUCCCUGAGCUUCAACAACGUGACAUCUGCCCCGCUGAUGGGCAAUGAACAGGCCUUCUCCAGCCUGAGCACGUGGCUGGAGACGCUGCAGGAGCUGGCUGUCACCAGCUCCAGUGUCACCAGCCUGCCCUGUGCCAUUGGAAAGGUGUUCAGAGCUCUGCAUACCCUCGACCUGGCACAAAACAGCCUCGGGGAUGGGAGCCUGACACCUGCCUUCUGCCAGGGAGCUUUCCCUCAGCUCCAGGUGCUGAGUCUGCAGCACAACAACCUGACGUCCUACCACAGUGUGUGUGAGGGCGUGCAGCUGCUGCAGGGGCUCCAGAACCUCAAUCUCAGCCAGAACAAGCUCAUGGCAGACCCAUCCUCCUCCUGCCAGUGGCCAGCAUCCCUCCGGAUCUUUAACCUGUCCCACACUGGCUUGGAGGAAGUGCUGACACCUCUACCUCCCAACCUAGAGGUGCUGGACAUGAGCCACAACCACCUCCGUGCUGUGGACAUCUCCCUCAGCUCCCUAAAGAAGCUCUUCCUGAGCCAAAACCUGCUGCAGGUCGUCCCCUCCCUCAGGAAUUACCCCGUGCUGGACACCCUCCACCUGGACAACAACUCCAUCGCGGAGCUGCCGUGGGAUGAGGUGACGCUCCUGGGGCGCCUGCAGGACGUGACUGCGGCCAACAACCCCUUCAACUGCUCGUGCUCUGGGGCUGGGGGGCUGCAGGCACUGGCAGCUAUGGGGCACCUGGGGCAGGGCUGGCCACAGGACUACACGUGCCAGUCCCCGCCGGGCUACCAGGGCUGGCAGGUGGUGGCCGUGCCGGUGUCGGUGCUGCGGUGUCACCGCGCCGCCGUGGUCGCCCCGCUCUGCGUGGCCCUGGCCCUGCUGGGCCUGGCAGGGGCCCUCUGCCUGCUCAGGGCCAGGCCCUGCCACAGGGAGAGCAGCUUGGCUGUCGAUGGUGUUUUCCGCCUGGAUGCAGGACAGGAGAAGGUCCUGGAGUUGGCAAGACCCCAGCUGGCCCUGGUUCCCCUUGGCUACAGCGUGUCCCUGCUGCUGUGGGACCCCCACGGCCCUGGGACACAGCUGCCCUUCCAGAGUGUCAUCUGGCAGGUGAUUGACACCAUCUUCCAAGAACUGGAGGCCUUGGGGGAUGACACACAGAGCUUGCAGACAGUCAGCCUGGUCCAGGUCAGUACCCACGACAAAGCCUGGGACCUGCUCCAUCCUGAUGGCCGAGCCCUGCAAGUGAUGGAUGUCACACCCCUGGGCCUGAUGGUGGAGGAGGCCACGGAAAUCGCCGUGCCCGAUGCCCAAGCUGCCAUCAGCGCCUAUGCCAGGGGGCUGGGUGCCAUCCCAGUGCUGUUCCAGGGGUGUGCACGGCAGCCCCUCGCAGAUGGGCACCCGGUGCAGGGGGCCGGCAGCCUCUUCACUCUCACCGUGGAGCGGGAGCUGGAGGGUGGCAGGUGCCAGCGCUCGGCCCUCAGGAUCCUGGUGUCCCCGGGGGCCACGGGGCCCUGCCCCAGGCUGGAACCUGACACGGGCUGCCAGCCCUGGAUUGUGGAGCGACUGCUGGAGGGGAACAGCCUGACCUUCCUGCUGCUGUGUGUGUCACUGCCAGACACCUCCAGGGAAGAGAUCCUGGGAGCCCUGGGGCUGGCUGAGAGGGUGAAGGGUCUGGCCAAGACCAUCUCUGCCACGCUCUGGGACCCUGCGGAGGAGAUCACGGCUCGCCGGAGGGAGAUCUGA